UACCGUGAGAGUCUACGCUGCGCGUCUUUCCGGCGCGCCAAUCCAACAUGGCAGCGCCCCAUGCUAUUGAUGUAAUGGACAGAGAAGGCAUGGAAGCCGGGGAAAUUCUCACCGAUUCUUCGAAUGGGGAUGCAAAACGACCUCAGUUUGGCACACGUUUCUUGACAGAUCCUCGACAAGUCUUCCAGCACAACGCGUGGGACAAUGUGGAGUGGACAGUGGAACAAGAGGCUGCUGCCAAGAAGAAGGUCCUAGAGAACAGCGAGCCGCUCCCCACAGAAAAGCAAGAUGAAUUUGAUUGCCGGGCAAACGAGUACUGGAAUGACUUUUACACGAUCCACGAGAAUCGCUUUUUUAAAGACCGCCAUUGGCUCUUCACUGAGUUCCCUGAGCUGGCCCCUAAGAGUUACCCCGGCCAUGAAUCCCUGUCUGAGUCAGCCAACGCCGAAGACAUUCAGCCAGGGGUUCCCAAGCAGGAACACAACAAUGAAGGCAGCGCUCUCCCUAACAUGGAUGCUGAAUUCCCCGGCUCCUCUGCCUCGUACCGAAUAUUAGAGGUGGGCUGUGGUGUGGGCAACACAGUGUUUCCUAUCUUAAAAACCAAUAAUGACCCAGAACUCUUUGUUUACUGUUGUGAUUUUUCGAGUACUGCGGUAGAGCUAGUCAAGGCUAAUCCAGAUUACGACCCUGACCGCUGUUUUGCAUUUGUUCACGACUUGAGCAACGUGGAAGCAGAUUUCCCUGUACCUGACGAAAGCCUUAAUGUGUUAGUGCUUAUAUUUGUGCUGUCGGCUUUGCACCCAAACAAGAUGCAGGCCUCUAUCAGCAGAUUGGCUCGCCUGCUCAAACCCGGAGGGGUGAUGCUGCUCCGGGACUACGGCCGCUACGACAUGGCACAGCUGCGCUUCAAAAAAGGAAGAUGUCUAUCUGAAAACUUCUAUGUAAGGGGUGAUGGGACGCGAGUCUAUUUCUUUACACAAGAUGAGCUCAAUGAGAUGUUCACAUUAGCAGGCCUCGAGAAGGUGCAGAACCUGGUGGACAGGAGGCUGCAGGUGAACCGAGGAAAACAAUUGACCAUGUACAGGGUGUGGAUCCAGUGCAAAUACCGCAAGGCUCACAGCCAGCUCCAGGACACGCAGGGUUGAGCCAGAAACAAGAAUGAGACCGUGUUCCCCGAAGAAAAACCGAGAACCAAAGAAAUGUCGACAAACAAGCAGAUAUACACUUGGCAAAAAGGUGUUAGGAUUUUUGUAAGGAGCAUUUGGUUAAACAUGAAAAGAAAGAAAACCUCUAAGGUAGCUAGGGUAAGGAGUCUGUCACCAGCGUCAUGACUGUGCCUCUUUAAAGUUGCAUCUUGUACUUAAAAGUGUUGGUGGUUCGUUGGGACCCUGGAGCCGGUGAAUAGUUGAUCUGAAUAUUGUAUUAAAAAAUGUUCAUCAAUCUAAAGGUUAUUUGUAAUGAUUAGUAUUUGAAAUAAAAUAUUCCCUUUUCCAACUCAAGUCUUUAUGAGCC